CAAAUCGAGCGCGUAGUAUGACUCAACAAUAGGGCAGGCGAACCUUAUUUUUAAGAUUAUACAAUUCAGCGACAUGACAGACGAACUGUUUAUGAUUCAUUGGCACGAUUAGACAUCAGAUAGAAAGCGUUUUUAUCUGUACAUUUACUGAUAAAAUUUUUUUGUUUGACUCGAGGUUAAUAUUCUUAUUAUCAGUCAAGUGAAGAUGAUAGUAGACAAAAAUACAAAAAACGUAGUAACAGUACAAAGUAAUUAGAUUAUAUAAUUAUUUUUUCUUGUGGGAGAACAAAACGACAUGUAAUAUAUAAUUGUGUGGACAACAAGAAGUUAUUUUUUUGUCUCUUCGUUUUUUCUUGUUUUAUUAGUCAUUUUAUACAAAUGUUUCGAAAGUGCAACUUUAUCAGGCAGCUUUGUGGUGCUGUGAAUGUGUCCACGGAAACUGCUGCGAUAGCAGAAGCCUCAACUCGAUUCCAGAAGUUCAAAGCAAGAUUAGAGAAGGAUAAACAGGAUGGGAUACUCACCGAUACAUUUAAACGCAAACACACAUAUCUCAGGAUAUCAGUCACUGAGCGUUGCAACCUCCGCUGCACAUAUUGCAUGCCAGCAGAAGGUGUCAAGCUAACCAAGAAAGAUGGUAUCUUACAAACAGAUGAAAUAAUACAGAUAGCUGAUUUGUUUGUCAAGGAAGGAGUGCGCAAGAUACGUUUGACUGGAGGGGAGCCUACGGUUCGCAAGGAUAUUGUUGACAUUGUUGCACAACUUAAGCAGUUGAGCAACUUGGAGCAGGUUGCAAUCACUACAAAUGGGCUGACCUUGACUCGCCAGUUGCCAGCUCUUCAAAGAGCAGGAUUAGAUGCACUGAAUAUAUCCUUGGAUACCCUCAAGGAGAAGCGCUUUGAAAUAUUCACACGCAGGCAGGGUUGGGCAAGAGUCAUGGCUGCAAUAGAUCUUGCUGUCCAGAUUGGCUACAAUCCUGUAAAGGUCAAUUGUGUCAUAAUGCGAGGGCGAAACGACGACGAAAUCACUGAUUUCAUCGACUUCACGAGAGAUCGCCCUAUCGACGUGCGUUUCAUAGAAUAUAUGCCGUUCCAAGGGAACGAAUGGAAGGAAAAUAAGAUGGUGUCGUUCGACGAAAUGAAAAAGAUAAUACGAGAGAAAUAUCCCGAUUUCCGAGCUCUGCCGAAUCAGCCCAACGACACGUCUAAGGCUUAUCAAGUGCCGGGAUUCGUAGGACAGGUUGGAUUUAUCACAUCUAUGAGCCAACACUUCUGUAGCUCGUGCAACCGCUUGAGAAUCACGGCAGAUGGAAAUUUGAAGGUGUGUUUGUUCGAAGGGAAAGGCGAGGUCUCGCUGAGAGACGCUUUGCGAAACGGUGCAUCGGAAGAUACACUCAAGGAACUGAUAAGAGGAGCGGUGUUGCGGAAGAAGAAACAACACGCAGGAAUGUUCAAUCUAACUCAAAUGGAAAACAGGCCGAUGAUUUUGAUCGGGGCUAAUCGUAGGAUGAAAUUAUCGCGGAAAGCGCACAAUAUCGCGCCGAUACACGUGGACGCGCGGCACACGUGUCUGCCGCACACGUUCGCGAAGUUCAGGAGUAACGCGAGCGUUAGAAUGUAUUCGUCCUUCUCGCACGUGGACGAGAGCGGUAAAGCUAAUAUGGUGGAUGUCGGAGAGAAGAGCGACAGCAAGCGGAAAGCGAUAGCGGCGGGAUACGUGAAGAUAGAUCCCGCGCUCACUCGUCUCAUCGCGCAGAACAGCUUGAAGAAGGGCGACGUGCUGUCGGUGGCUGAGCUGGCCGGUACUAUGGCCGCUAAACGGACUUCCGAGCUUAUACCGCUCUGUCAUCCGCUCGCUUUGACUUACAUCAAGGUGACAGCGAAAUUGGAUGAGCGUUCGCACCGGGUGGAGAUCGUGUCGGAGGUGAGGUGUUGUGGUAAAACAGGCGUCGAGAUGGAAGCUUUAACCGCCGUGAGUGUUGCGGCGCUUACGAUUUAUGACAUGUGCAAGAACGCAGCCGCCCCUGGCACGAUGGAAAUUCACGGUAUCGAAUUGGUAUCGAAAACGGGCGGCACGAAGGGCGAUUUCAAAGUAGAUAAAGCGUAAAUUCGGUAUUUCUGUGUUUCUCGCUGAUAACAAGAUGUAAAUUCCGAUCAUAUCUUUCUAUGAUAGUUCUACAGGCAAUGCGGGAAGCGAUAUGAUUUAGUACAAAAGAGGUCAAAAAAGAGAUUUUGCACUGAGAAAAAAUACUUGAAGAUUUAUUUGUGGGAUAUGAAGUUUAUUUCUGAGAAUAAACUUUAUAUUGCACGAAUUUGCAAGUAUUUUUUCCCUCAAUGUAGGAAAAAGUCUAAUACACUGAGAAAAAAUAAUUAAAAAUUGAUUUGUGGGAUAUGAACUUUAUUUCUGUGAAUAAACUUUAUAUCGCACGAAUUUUUAAGUAUUUUUUCCCCUCAGUGUAGGAGAAAGUCUAAUACAUUGAGAAAAAAUAAUUAAAAAUUGAUUUGUGGGAUAUAAAGUUUUUUUCUGUGAAUAACUUAUGUAUUAUUUCACAAAUUUUCAAUAUUUGUAUUUUUUCUCAGUGUAGAUUUCUUAUUUCGUUCAUUUAGUUUUCGUAAUAUUAUGUUUAUACAGUCUAUUUUGACAUGCGUAGAAACAGUACUUUUAUAUACGCAUAUAUAUUCUAUGUAAGAUUUUAUAUACAUAUGUUAUAUAUAUUUUUAUUUAUAUACAUAUGUUAUAUAUAUAUUUUUGUCACAAAUGGUGUUGGGUGAUACAAUUACGUUAUAAUUGUUAUAUAUCUAUUGUAACAUAAUUGUUAUAUAUCUAUUGUAACAUGUACUUUUUUUCUUAAUUCUUUUAGGCCUUUAUUCUGAACUCUCUUUUAUCGCUAAAAGCGCCUCGCUAAAAGUGCCUCUGAACGAUAAGUCAAUCAGAUGGUAGAAGAUUUGUAAGUCAUAUUUAGAAGCACUUUUAUUGAUAAAAAAACUCAGAAUAAUUCUUCCCCUGGCAUUACAGGCGAAGAAUUUCGCAAGUUCUGCAUAAUAACUAAUCUGUAUUUAAAAUGAAUGCGUAUUAGACGUGUUACACAGUAUUUUUGUAUCUAUUUUUAUUUUCUUACGUGUGUACCUGGUCAGUGCAAAGACGGAAGGAGUGUUAUUCGAUCACAUUUAAGGAAAACUUGUCAAUUCCAAUAUUACAAUUCUUCGCAGUUUGAAUAAGAUACAAUAAGUAGACAUAAGUUUACCAAAAAGGGUCUAGAUAGAGAAAAAAAUAUGGUAUAAAAAUAAUUAUAGUGGACAUGCGUUGUAAAUUAUCGGCCGAAAUGCUUCCAAGCGUGUCAGUGAUCGAUUUGACAUUUUGUAAGUGGAAACAAAUGUAUUUAAGUAAGCUUGAACAUGAACAAAUGCGAUUAAAUUAGGAGCAAAAUUAUUCAGACAAUUGUAUCAUUACGUAGGAAAAUGCGACAAAUUUCUAUUGUUAACAUGCGUCUUGUCAUGUGAGCUUCGACAAGCAGCGGAGGACGCGAGAACACUUUGAAAAAACCCCAUAUAAUAUGGUAAUGUAGCUGAAUUGUCCAAUCUACGUCUCAAUAAUUAGCAGCUCGAUACCAUCGCGGGUAUUAACAAGCGCAGGGCCGCGUAACGCGUCCGUCGCGAGUGGAAAAGCGCACGGUACGACCCUAGUAAUCGGAUCUUGCCCAAACUUUCUCUCUAUAGCGUACACUGUAAGUUACGGACGAUCUACGUCGUACUUGUUAAAGCGUUGUUGUGUUUGGAGAGACUUUAUCGCAAUAUAUAUAUACAUACAUACAUA